AUGUUAGAAAAAAAGUUUGCUGACAUUGACAAGAAAUUUGAGAAUGUUUUAAACAAGAACAAGAGGAAGUUAGAAAAUGCUCAGAUAAAGCCUAUACAUGACAAGUUCUUAUUUGCUCAGAAUGGUAUAACAGGUCUAAUUGCACCACCUGGGUCUGGUAAGACUUUCACUUAUCUUAAAAUGGCUGCACAACAACAAGAACUAGAUGAGAAGAACCCAUUCUAUGAGUUAGUUGUUAUUUGUAGUACUUCUGGUCAAUUUGACCAAACCGUCAAUUCGUUCAAAGAUAUUAUAAAGAAGUCUAAGUUAGUAUGUAUAAAGGAUACUGAGUUGUUAGAUUGGAUAAAGAAGUACCAAAGAAGAGUUUUGAAGUAUAAUGCUAUAAAUGAGUAUAUAAAUUCUAAGUUUAAAGACCCAAAUGAGGAAAUGCAGAGAAU